AAGGCGACAGGUGCGCGUCCAACUGCUGCCGAGCUCAGCCGAGAGCUCACAAUGAAUCAAGGUCAGCUCGGGGGUUUAAAAGAAUGAGGUGUGCUUUUAGAAAUGCUGAGACACCGCAAGUCAUGCAAGUCGUGUGUCUGCUGCUCGCCACUCUCACGGCCACAGCGCUGGCUGAGGCGGAGCUUCAGCCCGGCUACGCAGAGAUCAACACAGGAGGAAGAGUUGUGGAAGGCGAACUAGUGGCCAUUCACGGCAUAUGGCCGUGGCAGGUCUCUCUCCAGGACAACUAUGACGGGACCUACCGUCAUUUCUGUGGUGGAGCGCUCAUCAGGACAGGAUGGGUUCUGACAGCCGCUCACUGCUUGUACAGUUACAGCUCAUUGCUCGUGGUCCUCGGUGAUCUCGUGCUGUACAGUAGCCACGGCACAGAGCAGUCCAGGAGUGUUAGUGGCGUUUACGUUCAUCCUGAGUGGAACCCCGGCAGCAUCUCAUCUGGUAAUGACAUCGCCCUGCUGAGAUUGUCCUCUGCGGCCUCCAUCACUCCAUAUGUGAAGCUGGUCAACUUGCCUUCCUCUGGCGAGAUCCUGCCUCACAACUACGGCUGCUACAUCACUGGAUAUGGCGCCACCUCCACUGGCGGCGGCAUGAGCACCAGGAUGAGCAAAGCCUUGCUCCGCGUUGUGGACCACCAGACCUGCACCAGCUCCGGCUGGUGGGGCAGCACUGUCAAGAACACUAUGAUCUGUGCUGGAGGAGGAGAUCAGUCCGCAUGUAACGGGGAUUUGGGAGGCCCUCUCAGCUGCCUAAAGAACGGCUAUUGGUACGUCCACGGCGUAGCCAGCUUUGUGUCUGGUAUGGGAUGCAAUGCACCCAAGAAGCCCACUGUCUUCACUCGCGUUUCUGCCCACAUCACAUGGCUGAAUUCGGUCAUGGACAGCAACUCUUGAAACGGACAAUUAUGUUGCAUCAGAAUCCCUCCUGAUGUGCGGCUGCGGCCAAAACCUCCACAAACAAACCUCUUCAGAAUAAAUAUGAGCAUUUCAAAUCUC